AAAGUCAAAAGAACGUGCUGUGUUAUAAAAAUAAAAAUACCAAAAUAAUUAAAUAAAGUAAUAAAAACACAUUUUCUUAUACUUACAGCGAAUUCUAUCACCAUUUCUCAAAAUGGUUAAGAAAAAGAACGCUUAUGGGCAUCUUACUGUAGAGGAGAGGAAAGUAAUAACAGUCGCCGAAGUGGUGCAAGAAUUGAUAAAAGCCCAAGAAGACAGGAGGGAUGUGAAUUUAAAUUCGUUAAAAAAUAAAAUCGCGUCUAAAUACAACUUAGAAACCGCCCCUCGAUUAGUAGAUAUUAUCUCAGCGGUACCCUCAAAUUACAAGAAAAUGCUCGUACCCAAGCUACUAGCUAAACCGAUUAGAACAGCCAGUGGUAUUGCAGUGGUAGCCGUAAUGUGUAAGCCCCACCGUUGCCCCCAUAUUAAUCUCACAGGCAACAUCUGCGUUUAUUGCCCCGGCGGCCCCGAUUCCGAUUUCGAGUACUCCACUCAAAGCUACACCGGCUACGAGCCGACCUCGAUGAGAGCUAUACGAGCUAGAUACGACCCAUAUCUUCAAACUAGACACCGAGUCGAACAGCUCAAGCAGCUGGGACAUUCUGUAGAUAAAGUAGAAUUCAUCGUGAUGGGUGGAACGUUUAUGAGUUUACCCGAUGAUUACAGAGAUUACUUUAUUAGGAAUUUACACGACGCUUUAUCUGGGCAUAAAAGCAGUUCUGUAGAUGAAGCGGUGAUUUACUCGGAAAGGAGUAACACGAAAUGUAUCGGCAUCACUAUAGAAACCAGGCCGGAUUAUUGUUUGGAGAAACAUUUGUCUGAUAUGUUGAAAUAUGGAUGCACCAGGCUCGAAAUAGGGGUACAAUCAGUGUACGAAGACGUAGCUUUGGAUACUAACAGGGGGCACACGGUAAAAGCAGUUUGCGGUACCUUUCAUUUAGCUAAAGAUGCCGGUUUCAAAGUAGUCGCGCACAUGAUGCCCGACCUACCUAAUGUCGAUUUAGAACGAGACAUCGAGCAAUUUAUAGAAUUCUUCGAAAACCCAGCCUUCAGAGCGGACGGUUUGAAGAUUUACCCCACUCUCGUUAUAAGAGGUACAGGUUUAUACGAAUUGUGGAAAACCGGCCGUUAUAAAAGUUACCCACCGUCGGUACUCGUUGACCUGAUAGCUAAAAUACUGGCUCUAGUACCACCGUGGACGAGAGUGUACAGAGUGCAAAGAGAUAUUCCGAUGCCACUAGUGAGCUCGGGAGUUGAACACGGAAACCUCAGAGAACUGGCAUUGAACAGAAUGAAAGAUCUUGGUUUAAAAUGCCGCGACGUUCGCACUAGAGAAGUCGGCAUUACCGAAAUCCACGAAAAGGUCAGACCGAACGAUGUGGAAUCGGUAAGAAGAGAUUAUAAAGCGAACGGAGGAUGGGAGACUUUCUUGAGCUACGAAGACCCAGCGCAGGAUAUUCUAGUGGGAUUAUUAAGGUUAAGGAAAUGCUCCGAUUUAACCUACCGCCCGGAGUUGCUCGGCGGUUGUUCGAUAAUCAGGGAGCUCCACGUGUACGGUAGCGUUGUGCCAGUAAGCGGUAGAGACGAAAAGAAGUUCCAGCAUCAGGGCUACGGGACGUUGUUGAUGAAUUGGGCGGAAGAAAUAGCCAUUAACGAGCACGAAUCUAAUAAAAUCGCCGUCAUUUCCGGUGUUGGUACUCGAAACUAUUAUAGAAAGUUGGGGUACGAAUUGGAAGGUCCUUAUAUGGUGAAAAGUUUAAAACCAGGAGAGUAUAUAAGUUCGUUUGAUUACCUACAUGGAUCCGUUUUGAAGUUCGAUGGAAAUAACAAUCUAAUCAAGCAAAUAAUCGACGAUAACGAUGAAGACGAAGAGAACGAGUGGUUGAAGCAAUUUGACAAUGAAUGUCGAAAUAAAUAAAUAAAUAAAUAAAAGUUUAACGUUCAC